GCCAGGUCAAGGCGCAUAAGAAGCACAAGAUGGGUAUUGUGACGUGUGAACCUUGUUGAGACUACUGCUUGGGAGACUGAUGUUUGAGGGAGUGUGUGAUGGCUGUGGAUGAUGGAACUGACGCAUGGAGUUUGGCGGGCAAAGUGUUACUUGGAGUUUUGUUCUUUUAUUUUUCCUUUUUCUUUUCUUCUCAUUCAUGGCUAGGAAAGAAGGAGCUACCCCAACACACUUCCAGGAGAGAAGGAGCUAUCGCGUAUACAUUCCGAGGAGGAACGAGUAACCAUACAUCUGCAUGUGAGGAUAGGAGGAGCUACCGUGCGAAUAUGUAAUGUAUACAGAGGAAGGCACAAUACGCACACUUCCGUGUCCGAGACUUGAGGAGAAGAAUUGUUUCAUGCAUAGCAGUUGUGCUAUCGAAUUUGUGGGUAUCUCGUGACU